AGUACGGAUAAACAGUGCUCCCAGGAUUUAGCGUUCUAGUGGCUGUCCUAAGAUAUUAUUAGCGGUCAUCGUACGUGAGUGAAUUAGUGAACAUACCUACAAGAGUGUAACAGCUUUCAAGAGUAUGAAUAAUGUGAUAAGAUCAAUUUAAAUUUGAAUGAAUGCUGAGUGAGGGAGGGUAGCAGUCAGCUGAUCGGGCUGCUGGCACCAGUGUUGACACAAAAUAUCGAAACGUUGUUAACUGGGUCAAAGUUGUGAUCUUAAGUAAUAAUAAAUACAGAUAUUGGUGGGUUAUAGCAGCAGUGUCGUGAUAAGGUCAUAAACGAGUGAUUAUUAAGUAAAUACUGAAAGUGAGAAAAAAUUAGUCAGUCCCCAACUGUUGCUGUUGUGAAUGUAGUUAACAUCAGAUUUGUUAUGACCAUAAUACUGUACUAAAGAAAAAAGUGUGAAUACCAAGUAUUAAAAAAAUAAAAUAAAAACUUGAAUGCAUGAUAAAGUCGCUGAAGGAGUUACAAAGUGAAGGAGUUGAUAGCAGCCACCACCAGGAACCUCCACUGUGCAGACAUCACUUGUCUAUGUCUGUGUGGUCCGUGACUGGUGUGGCUGGUCGCUCCACGGACCUACCCUGCUACCUCACUCCCCGCACCCCGGGCGACGAGCCGAAGUUGAUCCUCUGGUACAAGGAGACUGUCCGGAGUCCGCUCUUCAGCCAUGACACGAGGUCACCACCCCAGUUGGAGGGGGAGGUGCGUGAGGGGGAGGGGGUGAUGACCGUGAGCAGGGGAGCAGCCACCCUCACCUACCACAAUGUCACCCCUAGCCACGCCGGCCUCUACGAGUGCAGGGUCGACUUCUACAACUCUCCGGCACUCUCGAACUUCGUCAACCUCACCGUGGUGGAGUUGCCGAAGAGUGUGCAGAUCCUGGACCGCCAGACAGGACCAGCCAAGAACGGGGUGCUGGGGCCGUACUAUACCGGCCAGACCAUUGUCAUCACCUGUAUCUCUCUUGAUGGCUGGCCGCUGCCCAACAUCACCUGGUGGAGGAACAAUCACAUCAUGGGAAGUGGUUGGGAGGUGACUGGACCUGGCCAGGUGCAGAGCGACCUGGUAAUCGAACAGGUGUCGCGAGACUGGCACAACCAGACGGUCACUUGUGCUGCUUCCAACACUCACUUGGCCUCUCCUGUCUCCGUCUCAGCGGUGAUACAGCUCUACUUGUUGCCGAGGAGUGUGGUGAUCCGAGGUCCCGGAGCCGUCCGUGAGGGCGCGCAGGCGCGGCUGGUGUGUGUGGCUGAGGGCUCCCGUCCACCACCAGCCAUCACCUGGCGGGUCAGGAGAGUCAUCCACAGAGCACACAUGACAGAAGAAGAAGGUUUGGUGAGCGUGUCAACGUUACUGGUGAACGUGAGUCGCCUUGAUGAUGGUGCCCUGGUGACUUGCUCAGCUGCCAACCCCUCGGUCUCCGCCUCAGCUAUCUCCAAUACUUCCAUCCUCGACGUGCAUUAUCCACCAUCAGUGUCGGUAUCGCUGGGUCGGUCGCUCAACCCACAGACACUGAAGGAGGGAGACGACGUAUACUUCACCUGCACCGUCGAUGCUAACCCCCCAGCCUCCGCCAUCACCUGGUACCACGAGGGCACGGUGCAAGUGCAGAACAUGACCUCCGGGGUCAUUCUCUCCGGGGACUCCCUCGUCUUGCAGAGAGUCAGUCGACGGAGGGCCGGCCAGUACAAGUGCUCAGCUUCCAACCCUCUGGCAACAGUCAUCAGUGCGCCUGUACACCUCAGGAUCAGAUAUAAACCCGAGUGCCUGACGUCCCCGACCACGUACUUCAUAUACGACAAACCCAUCAAUGUGACCUGUACCGUGUCCUCUCAUCCGCCGGUCCGGGCGGUCCACUGGCAGUGGAACAGCAGCAGUGAUGUGAUCAAAACACAGCUGGUUAGCGAACCUACGGAACGCCUGUCUACCCAGCUGACCGUCUACCCUAUAGAGACGUACGAAGACAGACUCCUGUCUUGCUGGGCCGUCAAUGAGAUGGGACGCCAACCCCUCGCAUGCGGCUUCUCCAUAAAAGUAGCAGAAAUGCCACUGCCUCUCUCCUCCUGUCGUCUGGCCAACAUCACUGCCUCCUCCCUCAGCCUCACCUGUCAACGACCCGAAGUAGCUACGGCAGGAACCACUCUCUACAGGGCUGAGGUAUACUUCGACAACAGGACGCUGUUCGCCAACGUCACGUCUACACGUCCCAACUUCAACGUCAGUGGUCUGGACGCUGGUACCAGCUAUCAGAUCAAGGUGUAUGUCACUCAUGGUCCUGUCACCUCCCAGCCCAUAGUGGUCUCUGCUUACACCUCUAGACCCUCCAGCCCGGGUUCCAGCAGGCUUGUGGCAGUGUGUUUCUUACUACACUCAGAGUCUGACUGACCUUCAUUAUUGUUCCAGCAGUCAUAGAAGAUGUCUCGUACUUGUGUGAAUAGAGCAGACAACUUCUGCUACAUUUGUGGUGAGGUGACCUUUGCAUCACAGAAGUGUUGUAUAACUGUUAUGGGUAAAAAAGCAUAUCACCUAUAUUUUGGAUGCAAGAUUGGUGACCAGGAUAAGAACUGGGCUCCGCACACAUGCUGCAACAAUUGUGCUUCUAACCUUCGCCAAUGGUUGAAGAGGAAAGGAAUGCCUUUUGCUGUGCCAGUGACAUGGCGGGAGCCAACAGACCAUACCAACAAUUGUUAUUUCUGCAUGGUACCUCCAGUACAAAAGGACUUGUCAAAGAAAAAAAUAGGGUCCACUGAAUAUCCAAGCAUUCCAUCAGCUAUUCGCCCAAUUCCACAUGGAGGUCUACCAGUCAGUGGCGGCUCGUGUGUAGGCACUGCGGAACUGCAGCACACUAUUUUCACUCGAUAUUAUCGAUAACAUCCAAUAUAAUGAGUUUUUUUUUAAUUCCUUUUUUAUACUUGUACAUUAUAUAGUCUUUAAGCUUGAUGUCAGUAGACAUCCCCCUAAUACCUGAAAAAUUACAAUCCUUGUAUGGAACUGUGCGCUACACAGUUCCAGCAACUCGAUGUUUGGCUGUUGUGCGCAUGUGAACAUGUCCGAAAUAAGAUGCUGCACGCUAGGUAGAGAGAGCACUGUCGCUGACGCAGUGCCGACCCUGUUAUGCAAGUGUAAGGUAGUGUUCCUUUUUGACUCAGUGACGUGUGUUGUGCUUAAAAAACAUGUACCAUAUUCUUGAAUGUGAUAGUGUAGAAUUAAAUGAUUAUCAUGCUUCCAGCUAUUUUAAUUCAUAGUUUUUUUCGGUUCUUUUAUUUUACAGAAAAUUUAAAUAAUUUAAUCAUGGCCUCCUUGCAUCCACAAGAAAUAAGUUCUGUGACUGUAAGUGAAUUUCAACAGCUUACGUUUUCACAGUUCUUUCUCCAUGAGAAAGUUACAGUUAAGAAAAGAGGCCGUUCAACACCUGAUAUUCAAAUAUCUCAGCCAGGAAUUAGCAACAAGAAGAAGUAUAUAUGCUUGUUUCGUUUUAGACAAUAUUAAAACAAUGGCUAAAAAAUUUCUGAAGCAGCAGCAGCACUAAUUUUAGCUACGAGCCGCCACUGGCUACCUGUUCCUGAUGCAAAUGGGGCACAAGAAUGCUUGCAGACUAUUGCUGGACAUUAGCAAGAGAUGAUUCUUCACCCACUAUAAAGGUCAAGUAAAAAGGCAGAGAGUAAGUAUGGAUUAGAGUUAAAAACAUACUGACACAUAUUGUACGUUAUAAUAAA